GCUACUUUUUCUGUAAUUUUUCCUUUUUGGCAUUCUCUUUCUCUUCUCUUCCUCUCUCUUUCUUCGCGGUCGUCUUCGAUACUCCCCUUCUCUGGAACUCGAAGCCCCUGCGAUCUUAAGCUCAUGUCGUCGCAGGAUAAGGGUCGGCCGUUACCCAAAUUCGGCGAGUGGGAUGUGAACAAUCCUGCAUCAGCCGAAGGGUUUACAGUCAUAUUUAAUAAGGCUAGAGAUGAGAAGAAGACCAGCGGUGCUGCGGGUGGACUGUCACCUGGAAGAAAUGAUGAUGCAUACAAACACAAUGAGGAUUAUCAGUUUCCCACGAAGAGAAAAUGGUUAUGCUGUGGUUGAACCUCCACUGCUUUUUGGAGCACUGAGACCCGUGAACAUGGGCGUUGUGAUGGUAUAGUACUUGUGAGUUUCCAGAUCCCCCUGGCAGACUGAUGAACUGGGGGAAUGUAAUGUAUGGUGGUUAUUUACUCUUCUUACCUGCAGUGUUUCUUUUCUUUUUUUUCUGAUUUCUUGUUCAUCUGCUUUUAUGUUCCCCAAAGCUUUUUAUAUUUCUGUACCCUAGGAGGAAAGGAAGAAAAGUAGUGGGUAUAAAAACAUAAAAUUUUCUUGCCCUUUGUCCUUGUUUUGAAUGUGUCAAAUGAUUUUGAGUUGUUUGUUCAUAUGUUCUGAACAGUAAUAUUAUGUACUAAAGUAAAUAAAUGUAUACUAUGAUUUAUGGCUAAAAA